UUUUACCCUGUGACCCCAACCAAAAAAUCCAGAGCAAGCUGAAUUUCAGAAGGCUCUGAAGUGCUGUGGAAGCUCAGAGCAGGCUCAGGUGUGCUGGCUGUGGGUAAAGCCAUGCCAAACACGUGUGUUCAGAAUUCCCGUGGUCUCCUCCCCCAGCCAAAGCCGUGCCUGCAGUGACAGUGACAGUGACAGUGACAGUGACUUCCUGCAGCCUGCCAUGCAGCACAGCACAUCACCUGUGAGCUCUGCACUGCUCGUUUCCUGUAAACUCGAGAGACUGGAACUGAGCUCUGGAAAAACAAAGUGGAGCUUGGAGCAUGUGGCCUGAGGAUUGCCUUACACAGCCAGGGGUGGUAGCCAAGCAGUGAGCAGGAUGCCCCCAGGCAUUUACUGCCCUACGGAAUUCUGGUCCAAGGGGGAGAACCAAAACAUCCAGGUGGAUUUUCUGCUGCCCACAGGCAUAUACUUGAACCUCUCAGUGCCCUGCAAUGCCAGCCUGGGCACCAUCAAGCAGGUGCUCUGGAAGCACGCCCAGUAUGAGCCGCUGUUCCACAUGCUCAGUGACCCCGAGGCCUACGUGUUCACCUGCAUCAACCAGACGGCCGAGCAGCAGGAGCUGGAGGACGAGCAGCGCCGCCUGUGUGACAUCCAGCCCUUCCUGCCCGUGCUGCGCCUCGUGGCCCGCGAGGGAGACCGGGCCAAGAAAGUCAUCAACUCCCAGAUCAGCCUGCUCAUCGGGAAAGGUUUGCACGAGUUUGACUCGGUGCAGGACCCGGAGGUGAGCGAUUUCCGCUCCAAGAUGUGCCAGUUCUGCGAGGACAAGGCGGCCAAGCGGCAGCAGCUCGGCUGGGCAGCGUGGAUGGAGUACAACUUCCCCCUGCAGCUGGAGCCCAUGGCCAAGGGCCUGGGCACUGGCUCUCUGCAAAUCCCCACCAAGAACAUUUUUGUCAACAUCAAGUUCCAGUCUGGUGGGGAGAGCUUCACGUUCCAGAUCUCCCCCUGGGAGUUCCCCAUCACCUUGAUGAGCUAUGCCAUCAAGAAACAAGCCACUGUGUUCCGCCACGGGACCCGGCAGAAGCCGGAGGACUACACCCUGCAGGUGAACGGCAAAUGUGAAUAUCUCUAUGGCAACUACCCCCUGUACCAGUUCCAGCACAUCCGCAGCUGCCUGCAGCGGGGCCUGACCCCCCACCUGACCAUGGUGCACUCCUCUGCCAUCCUGGCCAUGAGGGACGAGCAGAACAACUGCAUCACCAGCCCCCCAAAGGCGGCCUGCAAGCCCCCCCCGCUCCCCAAGAAAAAGCCAAACUAUGGCUCUCUCUGGUCCUUAGAGCAGCCUUUCUACAUCGAGCUGGUGCAAGGCAGCAAGGUCAAUGCAGACGAGAGGAUGAAGCUGGUGGUGCAGGCAGGGCUGUUCCACGGCCAUGAGAUGCUGUGCAAGACCGUGUCCAGCUCGGAGGUGAGCGUGUGCUCCGAGCCCGUGUGGAGGCAGCGCCUGGAGUUCGACAUCAGCGUGUGUGACCUGCCCCGCAUGGCCCGGCUCUGCCUCGCCCUCUACGCCGUCAUCGAGAAGGCCAAGAAGGCUCGAUCCACCAAGAAGAAGUCCAAGAAAGCUGACUGUCCCAUCGCCUGGGUCAAUGUGAUGCUCUUCGACUACAAGGACCAGCUGAAGACAGGGGAGUGCUGCCUGCACAUGUGGUCCUCCUUCCCAGAUGAGAAAGGGGAACUUCUGAACCCCAUGGGCACAGUGCAGUGCAACCCCAACACAGAGAGUGCAGCAGCUUUGGUCAUCUGCUUCCCCAGCGUGGCAGCACAUCCUGUGUACUACCCCUCCUUCGAGCAGCUGCUGGAGCUGGGAAGGAAUGGAGAACAACCCCGAGCUGCACCAGAAGAUUCUGAGGAGAAGCUGCAGCUGAAGGAGAUCCUGGAGAGGAGGAGCCACACGGAGCUGUACGAGCACGAGAAGGACCUGGUGUGGAAGAUGAGGUUUGACAUCCGGGAUCAGUACCCACAGGCUCUGGCCAAGCUGCUCAUCAUCACCAAAUGGAACAAGCACGAGGACGUGGCCCAGAUGAUUUCCCUGCUUCAGACCUGGCCAGAGUUGCCUGUCCUGAAUGCCUUGGAGCUGCUGGAUUUCAGCUUUCCUGACCGUUAUGUUGGCUCCUUUGCUAUCAACUCCCUGAAGAAGCUGACGGAUGAUGAUGUGUUCCAGUACCUGCUGCAGCUUGUCCAGGUGCUCAAGUAUGAAUCCUACCUAGACUGUGAAUUAACCAAGUUCCUGCUGGAAAGGGCCUUGUCCAACCGCAAGAUCGGCCACUUCCUCUUCUGGCAUCUGAGGUCAGAAAUGCACGUCCCUGCUGUGUCCCUGAGGUUUGGCCUGAUCCUGGAGGCGUACUGCCGGGGCAGCACCCACCACAUGAAGGUGCUGAUGAAGCAGGGAGAAGCACUGAACAAGAUGAAAGCUCUGAAUGACUUUGUGAAAGUGAGUUCUCAGAAGGCCACCAAGCCUCAAACCAAGGAGAUGAUGCACAUGUGCAUGAAGCAGGAAACCUACAGGGAAGCCCUUUCCCACCUCCAGUCCCCCCUGAACCCCAACAUUAUCCUCGCUGAAGUUUGUGUGGAUCAGUGCACCUUCAUGGACUCCAAAAUGAAACCUUUGUGGAUUGUGUUUAAUAAUGAAGAGACAGGUGGAGGUGGAGUGGGCAUCAUUUUUAAAAAUGGAGAUGAUCUGCGCCAGGACAUGCUGACUCUGCAGAUGAUCCAGCUGAUGGACAUCCUGUGGAAGCAGGAGGGGCUGGACCUGAGGAUGACCCCUUAUGGCUGCCUCUCCACAGGAGACAGGACGGGGCUGAUCGAGGUGGUCAUGCACUCGGACACCAUCGCCAACAUCCAGCUCAACAAGAGCAACAUGGUGGCCACGGCUGCCUUCAACAAGGACGCCCUGCUCAACUGGCUCAAGUCCAAGAACCCGGGAGAUGCCCUGGACCAAGCCAUCGAGGAGUUCACCCUGUCCUGUGCUGGAUACUGUGUGGCCACCUACGUGCUGGGCAUUGGGGACAGGCACAGUGACAACAUCAUGGUCAGGGAGACAGGCCAGCUGUUCCAUAUUGAUUUUGGUCACUUUUUGGGGAACUUCAAGACUAAAUUUGGUAUUAACAGAGAACGAGUCCCUUUCAUCCUGACCUAUGACUUUGUGCACGUCAUCCAGCAAGGAAAAACCAACAACAACGAGAAGUUUGAAAGGUUCAGGGGUUACUGUGAACGAGCCUACAUGAUCCUGCGGCGCCACGGGCUCCUCUUCCUGCACCUCUUUGCACUGAUGAAAGCUGCUGGGCUGCCAGAGCUCAGCUGCUCCAAAGACAUCCAGUACCUCAAGGACUCCCUGGCCCUUGGGAAAACGGAUGAGGAGGCACUGAAGCACUUCAGACUGAAGUUUAAUGAAGCCCUGCGGGAGAGCUGGAAAACCAAAGUGAACUGGCUGGCACACAACGUGUCCAAAGACAACAGGCAGUAGAGCAGGAGCCUGGCCCUGCUCAGGAGAAUGGAACAGCCCCAGCCCAGCACUGACACGUUCCCAAAGACUGAAGAAUGGUGCAGUGUGGAAGAUCCCCCACCUGCUUCCCAGAGAGCAGACAUUGCUGCAUGACUGCAGAACUGCUGGCCUGUGCUCAGCCACAGCUCUGUGGCUGCUGCACAUCUCUGGGGGACAAGGGAGAGAUGUGAGGCAAUAAAACUACUGCAUACAGGAAAGGUAGGUAGAGGUGCUGUACCCUUGAGAACUCCUUGAGCUUCAAAUACAGGUUUCAGUGGAGGAGUUGAGGCAGUUCUAACAUCCCUCCAGUGUGCUAAUGUCUGUAUUUCUAUUUUCUUGAAAAUUCAGCUGAGCAGAGAUCCCCCUAUGCCUGUAGCCCAUCUUCUAGGUCAGCACUAGGACAGCUUAGAGGCAUUAACUCCAGCAUGUGGUCACUCCUCCUGCCCUGUGUCAGUGUCCACUGAGGUGGGUCAGCUCAAAGCACACCAAAGCUGACUUGCACAAAUGGUUUUACUCUGCCUUGAGAUGGGAUAGAAACAUCCACAGUCAUAAUGUUUUCUGUCUGCUCCAGAGGCCAAAGUGUUCUGAAACUGAGCUGGAACUCAGCUACUGCUGUCUAGAACUGAUGGCACAAGAGCAGCUUUGGGGUGGCCACUGGACCAGGUACUUUGCUUUCCAAAGUUAGGCUUUAGCUGAGCCUCAAGAAAUCCCUGCAUUUAUUUUGGUUUCAAACCUGAAAACGCUAAGAUUGCAUUUUCAAAUUAAAGUACUUACUGCUUCUUUUCAUAAAAGAUGUUAAGCUGUGAGGUCUGUUCUGGUUUGGAUCUGUUCAUACAAACCCUGUUGCUUCUCAAAUACCUGUGGUAGAAGCAGCAGUUCUGGCAUAGAAGACACCUCAUUUUAAUUUAAUCGAACCUGGGAGAGCCCCUUUUCCUACACCUUUACAUGAUACUGUGACUGAAGCACUCAGGCUCUAACAGCUGCUCUGGUACUAGAGGGAAAUACUGCAGGAUUUCGAGCUCUGUGCAGGCUGCUCACUGAGAAACAGUCCUGUGCCUCUGCUCCAUUUUAGAGAGUAAAGAUUGCUAUUUCCUUGCUUAUUAAACUAAUUUACAGAGCAUAAAGUAU